AUGUAUGAAACAAAACAGCAACUACAAAGGAUCGGUCAUGUCACAAGGAUGAAUAACAGAACGCUACAAAAGCAAGUGUUAUAUGGACAGUUGUUAAAUGCCAAGAGAAGAACUAAUGGCCAAAAGCUUAGAUAUAAAGACAUGCUAGGUCAUCAACUGCAGAAUGUGGGCAUCAAUCAAUACAAUUGGGAGUCACUGGCGUCUGAUCGCUUGGUUUGGCAGAAAAAAGUGUCAUCUGGUAUAAAGAAGUAUUUAGACUCAGCAAUGCUCGACAAGCACUUGACCUUUUAUCUACUUGUCUUUCGGAUAUCUAUUGUUGUCGCUAUUUUGGAGUCAGUCGCUAGUGAGCAAACAGUACUUUGUCAAACUGAUAAGAAAGAUGUCUUGCUGUACGAGAAAAAUAUUAUGCUGUACAGUCUUCUUGGAUCACAUUUCGUAUUCCGAUCACCUCGAUUUCCAAUAAUCAAAAAGUCAGAGACGUUUGCAUCGUCUAAUAAAUACAGUUGGACCGUCAACGCCUUUGAAACCAAUUUUACCUAUCAGUGGCAAAAAGCUGUCAUAACGUCAGAUGGAAAAAAACAUCGGACAAUCUUCAAAAUACAUUACAGACACCUCAAAGUAAAUGGUAUUACAGAGAAAUACGAUGGUGUGCGCCUAAGAUAUACAGUUGUCCUAUCUAAAUCUAAGAGCUUUGAUUCAAAAACGGCGACUUUACGUGUCGGUGAUCUUCCCACAAUCUCAGAACAAUCAACAAUUAUUAUGAGUGAAUCAAAUUCUCGUGUAAAAGCUUGUUUUAAUGUUACUGGAAUUCCAAAGCCUUCUCUGAAAAUUGAUCAACAAGCCCACAAAAUCGUCAACAGUUCUGUUGAAAUCGUCGAGAACUGCGUCUACUUCGUGCAUCAAAACGUCAAAGAUGCCAAAAACAUUACUAUGGCAGCAGAAAACUGUUUUGGACUAUCAAGUGUUACCAUUAGUGUUCCAAAAUUUCAAAGCACUCAAAAUCUUCAAAACGUUAGAUCAAAUGCUCCACCUAUCAGUACUUCCAAUGCACUCGGUAACCUCAAACCGUCAGAAUCAUCUCCUGUUUCUUCAUACUUAAUCGGUGCAACGACGCAAAGCACUGCAGGAGGAAAGGACAAUAACAAUGCAUCAGGAUUUCCAAUUUGGGCAUCUGCAAUUAUUGCCAUUUUCAGUAUUGCAGCGCUAAUACUUGUUGUCUUUCUCAUCAUAUUUUACGUCAAAAAGAAACGAUCAUCAAGAGCAGCAAGUCAAGAAUCAAAGUAUUCAUACAUAUUUGCUAAAAUAGCUUUCUAA